ACCUCCUGUAUUUCAACCAGGAAAGGACUCCAUUAUUCUAUCACAAACUUUAUAAAGCUAUCAAUUGCUCAUAUUAUCAUAUCAUACACCUGUCAGGCAAACCUUUUAAUCUUGACAUUGAAAUCUAAGAACAGUUACACAUAAGUCUGGGGAUCUACUAAUCAAAUAUGGGGGGAUUAAUGCUAGAAGUUAUUCUAUUGUCUAUCCUGAUGGGUAUAAUUACCUUUAUAGGAGGUGUCCUACCGGUAAGAUUAUCCAUUUCAAGUAAACGAAUCAGAGAGUUUUCUCAAUUCAGUACCGGUAUCUUGGUAGGGACUUUAUUAGUAUUGGUUAUACCGGAAGGGGUAAGUACUUUGGUUGAAGCUAAUGAAUUAUCUAAAUUUAAUGCUAAUUAUGUUGGAUUUUCCUUAUUGAUAGGAUAUGUUACCAUGUAUACCAUUGAUAAUUUCCAAGUUUUAAAGACAGAUAGUAAAUUACCAUUCAAAGUUAAAUUUCAAGAUGUUACUUUAAAAGAUAAAAUAUAUUCUGUGUUUAAUUCAACUGUGACAUUAGGAUUAGUGAUACAUUCAAUAAUAGAUGGUGUAGCUUUAGGUUCAUCAUUUUUAAAAGAAGAUUUAUUAUUAGAAUUGAUAUUCUAUUUCGUGAUUGUCCUUCAUAAAUUGCCAACUGCUUUCAGUCUAACUUCAAUAUUAAUAAAGGAAGGUUAUACUAAAACAGAUAUAUAUUUCCAUGUGAUCAUAUUUUCCAUAGCAACUCCAUUAUCUUCGAUAGUGAUGUACUUCUUUAUCAUCUUAACUGGGUUGAAUAGUCAAUUUACGUUGGGUAUACUAUUCUUAUUCUCAGCAGGAACGUUUUUAUAUGUGGUUAAUCAUGUUUUCCUGGAACUUCAUAAUUUCCAUCAUGGACCUGAAUUGGUAUCUAUACCUCCUUUAUCAGCAGAUAGUAGUGAAACUAUCUAUCUGGAUAACGUUACUCGAAAGGACAUUUUAAUUUACUUCGGCGGGUUGGCACUUCCAACUUUAUUUGGAAUUUUAGGGGUAGAGUGACACUAUAUAGCAAAUUACAAUAAUAAUUCAAAGCGUACUUUUUAACAUA